CCAGAAGAGUCUGAACACGCUCGAUCGUCGCUGUCAUGCAAAGCUGUCCAUCAGAGAGUCCCUGGAAGUUCUUACUUAGUGCUGGCGAGAUACUUCACACACCUUUUGUUUUGAAAUCGAUCCUUGCAGGGGCAGAAGAAGAGGGAAGGCAGGAGAUGAUGGCACGAGCCACGAGCAUACUCGUGCCACCAUAUAAAAAUAGUGGUACUGGUAGCAGUCACCCUCUUCAAAGUGCCGUUCUCUUCCCAACCAACAUCCCUUCCCGUCCCUUCUCCAAGAAAACCAGGCUGGCCAGAAAGCACAAUGCCUUCGGUGAGUUGCUCGAUUUGUUGUGCCUUCGCCUCCGUGAUGUCCAGAUACCCCCGCUCACCUUCGUUCUUGAUUCUCCCCUUUGUUCCUCCUCCCCGUUGCAUGCCGGUGGUCGUGAAGAUUCGAUUCGAGGGGCAGAGAUCCGGUGCUGGAACCAGGGGGGGUGGGUCCUCCGCAUUGAUCGAGCUGACGGCUCAUGUUGGUAUCGGUUCAAUCAAUAGCUUGAUGAGGGCAUCAGUCACGAACGGUCACAACGUGACCGUUCGUGACUCGACCGUCGUUUU